GGUGCGUACUGUUCGCUUAAUGGCGGACAAACCCGGAAUUUGUUGUGUGAAAUGCAACGCUGGUGACAACAGAGACAGAAUUCAGGAAAGGCAUGCAAAUGUGGUGUGCGACGUGAGGGCUGGUGAAUGGAGGUCACCGCAGACAGCGAGCGAGUCUGAGCGCUGAGAGAGGGAGGGAGGACAGCGGCGAGCCGCCUUCAAAAAUGGCGUCUCUGGAGGAAAAUUGGUAAAAAUACAUACAUGAAAAGCGGCCUGGUUUCAAUCUUCUCCGGGCUUCCUCCCGGUUCAGAGUUCUAAUUCGGUUUGGCGUGUGCCUGCUAGUAGGUUUGCUGCCAACAGCCGAGGGAAGCGGAGAUAUUUGGACCUGAAUUUUGAGCACAGAAAGGCUGUUUUAUUUUCAUGCGUCGUCGGUGACAGCUAGCUUCAGUUGCUAACGUAGCACAGCGGAGGGGGCGGCUGCGAUUUGCAUGAAAAGACGAAAUAAUGAAAUUCGGGGCAUCUUGGCUCUUCUGCGAGGAACGUUCGCGACCAACGUGGCCUGUCGAGUGCGAUUUUGUCGUGUGCUAGCAGCGUAGCAACAACUAGCCGAAAAGAAAGGGGAGGAGAGACGAAGAAAAGGGACGCGGUCGAUUCUAAUGUUUGUCAGCGCAUUCGCCCAUCACCGGACUAACACCUCCAUCAUGACCGAGAACCGUUUUGGAUUAAACGCAUCGACAUGAUAAACGUGAAAGCCGCAGGAAAGGAGAAAAGCUGGCUUUUUUGGGAGGUGGUUGGAUUAUAACCCGUAGACCCCCCUCUUUUUUCACCCAGCUUUCUCCUCCUCCCCACCAUUUCUCUUUCAAUAUGCUGUUUUUCACUCCUGAGGACUUGCUCAUGAAACCGGGGGAAAUAGCCUGAUAUUGAGGGCAAGAAAGACUGGAUCCCCCCCGUCGCCGGCUCUGCGACUUUCUUGUUCCCAGCUGCUUUCAUCGCGUCCCGCAUAGAUGGAUAGAAAUUACCCGGGAACAGGGUUCGGUGAUUUGGGCGCUGGAGCAGGAUGGAGUUACGAGAGAUCAGCAAAAGCAAGUCUGGUCUAUGGGAGUUCCAGAUCAUCCCAUCCAGAUUCAGAGCUCCUUCACCGACAAGCAUACGCCACCCCACACCCUCUGCAGGGCUAUGCCACCAAUCACCACCCAGGGAGCUCCGGCCAAGGCGGAGCCUGGGGAGCAGCUGGACGGAGUUUGGGUCUCUCAGGGCUCUUUGACACUGGCCUCCACCAUGCAAGCCCUUCUGGACCCGAUGCUUCUGUGAUGAAUCUGAUCUCAGCCCUGGAGUCUCGUGGUCCCCAGGCUCCACCCUCUGCUUCCUCUCUUCUCUCGCAGUUUCGAACACCAUCAUGGCAGACAGCGAUGCACACACCUGCUCCUCCAGAAUUAUUCAUUUCUGGAGCCCUACCGGGCUCUGGCUCCUUCCCCUCAUCUUCAGCUCUUUCAGCAUAUCAACACCCAGCAUCAUUUUCAAGUCGCUCUUUCCCUACUGCAUCCCUCUCGCUCCAAGACACUCCCACAUUUAGCCCAACGUCCAAUGGUCUACUGUCUCCCCAUGACCCCCUACUACACAUCAAGGCACCUUCCCAGUCCAGCCUGGGUUUUGAUAGACUCUUGUCCUCACAGGGUGCAGCUGCAGCUGCCUACAGGGGCAGUCAGGAUCCCACCGGGGCCUCGUCAGCCCAAGCGUCUUCUGCAAGACACCUUCAAUCCCAUCAGUUCAACCUUCUGUCAUCACAGCUGCAGGACCAGUCCUCGCAGUUGUAUAAUUCCUCAGUCUUUUCAUCAGCACAGGCCCAGUCUCAGUCCCAGUCCAACUCGGCUCAGGAAAGGGCUGUUCCCAGACAAGACAGUGUUAUAAAACAUUAUCAACGACCCACACCCACCCAGCCCCAGCUCUCAUCCUCUGCUGCUCACUCCCUUCAGCACUACCUCAGCUGUGGAGGGGCUGGAUACCAACAAAUAGCCACUCACCACAGACACGCUGGCCUUUCAUGCAGUCCACUGGGUGAUCAAAGCCCCUCAGCCGACCUUAAGGCCUCCUCCAGAACUGAACAGUAUCGGCCAAUAAUACAACCCGCAUAUUCUUCCUCCACCUCUUCCUCCUCUUCAUCUGCUGGUAAAGGUACAAAAAGCAGUUCCAGCAGCGGCUAUUCUUCUGCGAGUUCAGCUUCUUCCUCAAGAACUCCUCACACUCCCCCUUCAGCUUCGUCUACCUCUUCAUCUUCAUCAUCGUCUUCUGUCACUUCUGGGACCCACCCAUCUAACUCAAUACCCACCUCCAGCUCAAGUGCAGCCCCUUCUAGGCAACAACCUCCUCCACAAACUGCUCCGCCACCAUCCGCCUCACAGCAACAACAGCCACCGUCCACAGCUUCCUCAACACCGCAGUCACUCCCCAAGUCUUGUCUCUCUGGCUAUGGCUCCCCAGUGCCACCUGUCAAGACACCCACCUCUGCUCUCACUGGCCAAACUCCACCCCAACAGCAGACUCAGUCAUAUUCCCCAAAUCAACCGCCGGCCUCCCAUUUGUCUCAAUCCUAUGGUGGCUUCAGCUCUCCGCAAGCCCAGGACCUUAGCUCUAGUGGUACUGGAAAAGCUUAUGGUAGUCUUGGAGGCCGAAGUCAGUCGUACUCUACCGACUUGUAUGGAUCAGAUUCUGCCUAUGGAUCGCUGCCGUCCUCUUUAGGAGGAGCUGGCAGUCCAUCAUUAGGAUACAGUGCCACGGGUCAUUCCCCUGCCCUUCUUAGGGGCUCAAGCAGUUCAUCAGGGAGUGGAGGUUCGGGAGGCAGUGGCAGUAGUGGUCCAGCAAGUGGAAAUACUGGCGGUGGAGCUGGAAAUAGUAUGAGCAGCGACAGAGGAGGAGGAAGUGGUGGAUCUUAUCAUAUACCAGACUCCAGUCCGUCCCCAUCUGGAAACUCGGCUAUCAUCCGUCCAGGGUUGCAUUCUCCAGUCCAGGCUUGUGCCACUCAGUCUCCGGGUGGAGCUGGCUCUAAUAAAUACAUUACCUCGGUUCUCUCCCCAACUUUUUUGGCAUCACCGCAGGGUUACCCUGACACACGUGGUCCAAAUUCACAACCCCAAUCAUAUCAUUCCACAUCCUCCAAGACAAAAUCAGACCCACCAAUGCUAGGUGUUGGCUCACAAAGAUCACAAGAGGAAGUAGACGAUGAUGAUGAAUUCUUGAUCCAGCAUCUGCUGCAAGCUCAGGCAAGUCCUACUCCUCAGACUGGUCAUCACCAUCCUCAACAGCAGUCUCAGCAGACAUCUCAGCAAACACAGCCUCAGUCAGUCCCGCCAACUACUGAUACAUCGAAAGGGCUGAGCUAUGAUAUGGGGAAGUCAUCCGAAGAGAGAUACCACCCCCAGAGUGUCAUACGCACUCACAGUGCCACGACGUCUGCAGGAGUGGGUACAGCAGGGUCUGCAGCAUCUCUGUCUGGUCUAGACAAUCAGCUGGAGAUGUCGCUAAAGAAGCAGCAGCAGCAGCAUCAUCAACAGCAGCAACAAAGAAGUGAGCGUCCUGUUGGAAACAAUCGCGGCACUAGUGGAAGAGGCAGUGCUGAACAAGUGCACUCCCACCUUCAUCAUCAAGACAGCUUGAGUUCAGUUGUUCACUAUGGCCGGGGAGACCCAUACAGCCAACACUCGCUUGCUGCCCAGCACUCCUCACAUAGCCAACACGUGUCCUCUCACUCGCAGAUGGCCUCCCACUCACAAAUGGAACUUCAGAAGAAACCGCAAGAGCAUUCUGAUAUUCCCUAUCCACGGAAAACACCAGAUGUGCAAAAUCAGCAUUCUCAAUCCACCGCGUCGCUCAUGGACUCCACCUCUGAUCAGUCCCAUCAGCCACCCCAUCUUCUUCAGUCUGUGUUGUCCCACACAACUCGCAACAAACUGGAGUCUCAUCAACCUCACCACAAGAUGGAUUCCCACCAACAGCAUCAACAACAUCACAAAAUGGAAUCCAUUCGCCUCCACCAACAGCAUCAUAAAAUGGAUGCACACCAAACACAUUCGCAACACUCGAAAAUAGACCCUCUGCCUCAGCAUCAAGCGCACCAAAAGAUGGAAUCCCACCAGCAUCAACAGCACCACAAGAUUGACCCUCAUUCACAUCAUCCCCAUCACAAAUUGGACUCCCUUCCCCAACAGCAGCACUCCAUUAGCCAACAGCAAGUUAUGGAAAGUGCGAGUGGGAGGAUUGGCUCGAGUAAACAUCAGGCUCAGUCUCAAUCUCAAACCACUCAACUCCAACUGCAACUCCAGAGCCAAGCUUUAGAGGUUGCAGCAGCUCAUUACAACCACGGCCCACCCUCUCAUCAGCAUGAGCAGAGCCAGGUUAAACAAAGUUCUGUGGUGUCGUCAUUAGAAAUGCUAGAGCGCUCUCUUUCCCAGAACUCUAGCACAGAUGUAGCUUCAGAUGAUAGACGCGGGGGUGGGGGUAGUGCUGGACGGGGAGUUGGUAGUGACCGCCACAGACAGCAACAGCAGCAAGAUCAGCGACAGCACCCCUCCCACCAUCAGCCCCGGCAACCCCAUCACUCCCAGCAACACUCUGCCCCUGAACUCCACUCAUUUCUCUCUGAGCCUGAAAUUGGUCUGACCACAUCCUCACACAUGCACCACCUUUCUCAACAUCAUCCUCAGUCCCAACAGUCAACCCAUCCAAACUCUCAGCAUCAACCAACCCAUCCCCACCACCCUCAUAAUCAAGCUCACUCACAGCAACAGACUACACACUCCCACCACAUACCCUCUCAACCUCCAGCCCACGCUCAACCUCAAGCUGACCCUCAGCAGCCGCUUGCCUCUCAGAUCACUCCUCAGCACAGCCAGCUGGACCAACAGCGAUCAGAGCAGCACCAAUUUGACACCGUCAGCCCUGUAGAGAAGGCUGAACAGAAUCAGCAAAGUAACCGCUUUGUACCCCUUACCUCCAUCUGCUUCCCCGACUCGUUGCUUCAGGAGGAAGAUCGCUCAUUUUUCCCUGGAAUGGAGGAUAUGUUUUGUCCUGACGAUUACAAGUCAAGCUGUGCUGGUGGAGCUGGCCCUGGACAAGAGGAGAUGAAUGAAAGUCAUCCUGGUCAAGAAGGAAUGGACUCCUUAAAAGCAGGACAGGGAGCAGGAGGAGCUGGAGGGGGUGGUGCAGGCUAUGACAUGAUGGGUCAUCAUGGCGGCGAUCAGGGUUAUGAACAAUACUGCCAUGGCCUUGAAGAAACCAGCAACAACACCAUGACACUGGACCUUGAUUCUUUAAAAGCUCACGAGCUGCCAUCCACUGUUAACACCGAACAGCUUGGAUUAAUUCAGUCCUCAGCUAUGGGUAUGGGCCCUAACACUGCUGGAACCAACAACCCAGGAGCUAAACUACCCCCUGGCCCUGGAGGAGCAAGUGUAGGGGCGGCAUCCGGAGGUCUGCAAUCUCCCAUUUUCUGCUCAUCACGUCCCAAGAAACUUCUUAAAUCUAGUUCCUUUCAUCUAUUAAAGGAACGCAGGGAUCCAAACACACUGCCCAAAAAGAGCUAUGCUCAAGAGUAUGAGUUUGAAGAUGACGAAGACAAAGCUGAUCAACCAGCUGACAUCCGGUUAAACAGUCGGAGACUCCCGGAUCUUUUACCAGAUUUGGUGUCCAGUUGUAGAAAGGGAGGCAGUGGAUCACUUAGCCCGCUCAUGGGAGACAUCGAUUUCUACCAUUCCUCUGGGUACUCAUCAAUGGGUGUCCAUUCUAUGAUGUCUCAGGAUGGCCCUAAGAAAAGGGGUCGAAAACCCACCCGGCCCAAAAGGGAAGGUCCUCCCAGGCCUAGAGGGAGACCUCGCAUUCGCCCAAUGCCUGAGCCCUACACACCUCGCGGAAUGUUGGGCGACAUGGGUGGAGGGACAGUUGGACCUGGAGGAGGUUUCAAUGUUGAAGGGAGAGGCAGAGGCAGGGGGCGAGGAAGCAGAGGCAGGGGUCGAGGCAGAGAGGACAUGUACUUGGAAAUGAGUGGAAAGGAGCAGGAGCAGAUGCAUCACCUCCAGCAGCAGCAACUCCAUCACCAGUCUCAACCACAGCAACAUGAACCCAUCCCCCCACUGAAGAUUAAGUUACCUGUGCCCCUGUCGACCUCUGAUGCCUUGUUGAGGACAGACUCUUUGUCUGGCACAGACCCUGCAUUGUCUGAUGGCUCUGUAGGCUCCGCUCCUUCUCUUGGUUUAAGCCCAGGACCUCCAGGCAGCGCUGAACAAACCAGGAAUCAAGACAAAAACAAGCAAAAAGGCGGGAUGAUGAAUGAAGGAGUGGAUGACGAGGGACUGGAGGAACGGGGUGAUGAAAAAGACCCAGAGUCCAAGGCUGGCAUUGUUGCGUCAUUCUUGGACUUUCUUAAGACUGGGAAGAGACCUCCAGGUCUGGAUAUCCCACCUGGCAUGGAGUCAGACAGUAGCGAAACCUCACCCUGCAAACCUGUCGGUCUGCGGCCGCUGUCCCCUGCCCCUCCUCCUCCGCCACCUCCCCCUCCUCCUUUUGGCGAUGCCGAAGGGAACGGAGGACUUGCUCUUGGGAACUGUCCUAGUCCCAAGCGGUUGGAGGAUGAGCUUAAGAGGAACUUAGAAACACUGCCCUCCUUCUCAUCUGAUGAAGAAGACUCUGUCGGAAAAAACCAAGACCUCCAGAAAAGCAUCUCCUCUGCCAUUUCUGCUCUGUAUGAUACGCCUCAGUUAACAGCCAAUAUCCAGGCCCCGUUACCUCCUCCUCCGCCUCCUCAGCCACCACAGGGCUCGACAACUGGCUCACUGCAGCCCCCAACAUUAAGCCCCCAGCCUGCCAUGCAGACCUCCCAGCCAGAGUCUCAGUCAAAUGAGCAAAGCAUCCUGGAGGACAUGGAGGAAAAUCAGCAGGAGGAGAAUGAGGAGGAGAGAAGCAGCUCUGAAGAUGAAGGAGAGAGUGAAAUGAUGGAGGAGAAAUUACACCAGCUGGAAACUCUCAGUGCUCCUAAACCUGAUGCACCCCUCUCUGAGUCUCCUGUAGCACAAGCAACUCCCUCUGCUCCACCAUCUCCGGCCUCCUCCUGCUCACCAUCUCACUCCCCCCUUCCUCCUCUUUCAAUCCCCUCAUCCCCACCUCAGCCGAAGGAGCAGCAACAGAAGAUUUCCCGUCCUCCAAGUCCCGUGGCUGCCAAAUCCUCACCGCCGUCACCUCCCCCCCAUCCUGCUCCUGCUACCUCUCCUCUGCCUUCCGAUGGAGCUGCCCCUCAUCCUCCUCCACUUUCAACUCAAAAAGAGGCACCAAUCCAUUCUCCCGAGUCCCCUGCCUCUCCCGAAGAACCUCCCCCUCCCAAGAUCACCUCAUUGCACUUGGCUCAGAAACAAGAGGAUGCAGCCAUUGCCGGAGAAAGUGAGGAGGAUGAGAGUGAGAGUGGUGGCGAGGGAAUCUUCAGAGAAAGAGACGAGUUUGUUGUGCGAGUGGAAGACAUUCGUACCUUAAAGUUGGCCCUGCAAAUGGGUCGUGAGCCUCCGCCCAUCUGGAGAGUGCAGAAAGCCUUGCUGCAGAAGUUCAGCCCAGAGAUCAAAGAUGGUCAAAGACAGUUUUGCGCCACAAGCAACUAUCUUGGCUACUUUGGGGAUGCGAAGAAACGCUACCAGAGAAUCUAUGUCAAGUUUUUGGAGAAUGUCAACAAGAAGGACUACGUCCGCGUCUGCUCCCGACGACCUUGGCGCAGAGCCACACCUGCACUCAGCCGACGCCAGGCCCAGCCCAGAGUGGUGUCUCCCACUGCAAAUCAGGCGCAACAGAAAACGGUUGAAAAAGAAGAGAGAUUGACUUUGCCCAGCCAAAAUGAACCGGAGAAGAAAAUACGAACAACCGCAUUGCCAGCUGUGAAAGAACAAGGUGAGAAGAAGGAUUCCCUAGUGGAGUCGCCCAAAACCAAGGAGCGAGAAGAGCAGCCUGAAAAAGACAAAGAAAAGCGAGUGCAGCCACCACAGGAGAAACUGGAUAGACGCGUAGCCACGACAGAAAAGUCAAGGGUGAAGGAGGAGAGGAAAGUUCCCGAGAAGAAGGAGAAGAAUGAACGCCCACCUAAGUCAAAGCCGGCCAAAGUCAAAGCAGAGCCGCCGCCUAAGAAGAGAAAGAAGUGGCUGAAUGACGUCGCCUCAUCGUCGGACUCUGAUUCUUCAGAUGAAGCAGCCAGCGAGAAUGAAAUGCCAGUGAAAGGUGGCGUCAACAACCGUGCAAUGAGGGAGAUGUUCAGGAGCUACGUUGAAAUGCUCGUCAGCACUGCCUUGGACCCCGACAUGAUCCAAGCCCUGGAGGACACAGAUGAUGAGCUCUACCUCCCCCCUAUGAGGAAGAUCGACAGCAUUCUCAGCGAGCAGAAGAGAAGGUUGUUGAGGAGAGUCAGCAUGGGCUCUCAGCACCAGGAGCUGCUGCAUGCGUACCCCCAGAUGAACGCCGACCCCAUCGGCUCAGGAGCGGUGAAGCUGCGGCUGAGUGGUGACGCGUACAAUCGGAAGACGCUCAACCGAGUGAAGAAAACCUUGCCAAAACCACAGGACCUUAAACUGUCUGCUGAGUCAUAUCGCAUCUACAGUCUCUACCACUCCCUGCACCAUUACAAGUACCACACCUUCCUGCAGUGCAAGAAAGAGACCCACACCAUCGAACAGGCAGCAGAGGAUCCAGGCCAGGAGGAGGUGGUGCAGCAGUGUAUGGCCAACCAGAGCUGGCUGGACACUCUCUUCUGCUCCUUCAUCGAGCUGCUCACUCUCAGCACCAAAGCCUGAGCUGCUGGAGCUAUUUAAAGCAGGACAAAAGAUUAAAAAAAAGAAAAAAGAAACAGAAAGAGAUGGAUCCUGAUGUACAGCCCCCGACCCUUCUUCAAAUCUCUGAGAUCUGUGGAGUAUUUUUGAGGCCCCUGACGGACACAACAGGGUCUGAUUCUGUGACCUCAGACACUGUUCUUUUUCUUGUUGUUGAUCAAUGGCUAAAGAAAUAAGCUCGUGCAGAGACAGACCCUGCAGGUAUAGGGGGUCACUAAUAGGUCAAGUGGAAACCGACCGCGUCGUCGCGAGGAUGAAAACAGAGGAGUCGGAAUGCCAAGUCAAAGGUGGAGCCACUAGCAUCUUGUUUAACGUGUGUCAUAACGACAAUGGCUCAAAGAGAAACUAUUACUGCUUAGUUUUUACAUAAAUUAUUUUUUUGAAAAGACUUAACAUCCAGUGUUGGCUUUUGAGAGCAGCGGCCCCGGGUGAGAAUGCUUUUUAAACAGAUCGCAGAAGUAUGGCGUGACGACACGCCCAUCCAUGGACGGAAACAUGAAACGUGUGAAUAGACGCUCUCAUCUUGUGCUUCGUGGAGGGCAGCGCCGGUCGACUGUGUGAUAAUAUAUAAACACAUUUUUAUUAUUUAUAUCAGGAGGUUUUUAACUUAAACUCUCACAUGCGCUGCGCUGCUGCCCUGGUCUUUCUCAUGCUUUCUAAUCAUCCACAGGUUCAGUAUACUGGAGUAACCCACAUAUCCGAGUUGUCUUCCCCACUGUACGCCGAGCUGACGUGGAGACCGAACUAUUGUAUCAAAUACAGUUGGUGUAAAUUAACGGAAGUGAAUGGAGGAAAGUCUCUGUAAUGUCGCCGUGUCAUGCUUCACUUCGACCAUGCAGGUGUGAGCUUUUAAAAAAAAACAUGUUGACUCAUCCUUUCCCCAAGGAGGAAGUAUAAAUAGGUCAUAUUUAAAAAGGAAACCGUCGCUUCAUUUUUAUCGUUUUGAUGUAGGCGCAUACGAUGACUUAUUUUGAAAACAAUCUAAUUUUCCAUGAACAUGGGGGGUGUUGUAAAUACUGUACAGUUCUUGAUGAAAUUCUUUGUCCUUCUGUACAUUAACUCUCCUGUAUUUGAGAAACAAAUAAAACCUUCAAAGAUCGUUUGGUUCUCUCGU